CUUGCAUGUAUGGCGCUACAGCAAGUAGUACACUCCAGCCCUCCUCGUCACUCUUCUCGAGCAGACUCGCUUCUUCAGUCUCGGCUUUGGCGCGAUAAGGGCUGUUCCUGACAUCUGAGCGCGCGCAACAGCGGCCACGCUCUCCUUCAAAAGCUUCACACCUGCUCACGCGAGCUCUUCAGACACCCUUGUUCCUCGCUCCCAUUGGCUUCAACAACCCCCCUGCCCGCUUUCCUCACCCUUCCCCCGCCCUCCCCCGGUGCCACCUACACAGGCCUUUCAACAUGGCCUCUGAAUUGCCCAAGUGGAAUGACGACAAGCCGGCGCCUUUGGCGUCGGACGCGACCAAGGAUCGCAUCUCUCCUCGCCAUUCGCACGACAUUGAGGAUCAAAAGCAGCAGCCCUACUCGACAGAGUCUGCUUCUCACAAGAGCGAUCCCACAGCUCCGCAUGACCUGGAAGCUAAAGCGCUCUACGACAGAGAGCAUGACUUGGAUGAGGACGAGAAGAAGAGCGACGGGCCCAUUGCACAGCUCAAGAUGCUGUUGCAUUCCAGGGGUGCCGUGAUCGUCCGAGAUUUUGGUCUCAUUGCUCUUCUUCUGGGUUGGUGGAUCCCAUCCAUCAUCAACGAAAGAGUCAGGCAUCGAUGGAUCGUAGCUACCAUCUUUAGUUGGUUCUUCAUCCUUCUUAUCCUGAUGCACAAGUCGCGCUACAUUCCGCAAAGGCCAAUCGUUCGGGUCAUCUCUGCAGUCUGGACAACGGCCGCCGAAAAGCCCUGGUCCCGCAUCCCCUACAAGGGCAAGCUCGCCGUUGGCUGGCUGUCCUUGGCGGUGUUGGUGUUUGGUUCUACCUACGGGCUGCCCAUCGAGCAGGGCAGCUCUCUGGGUCAACGAACCAUUUCGCUUGUCGGCUACUGCCUCAUCUACGCCAUCAUCUUUGCUUUUUCAUCCAAUUACGGUGCCGUUCAAGCCAGGACUACGAUUCUUGGAAUGGGUCUGCAGUUCAUCAUUGCUCUGUUCGUUUUCCGCACUGGAGCUGGUCUGUCCCUCUUCUCUUGGAUCGCCACUGCUGCCGCUGAUCUGCUUGCGCAAGGUGUCAAUGGAGGAGCUGCAUUCUUUUGGAGAGACUUCGUCGAGAACGGCUACUUCUUCACAAAUGUGCUGUCCUCCAUCGCAUUCUUCGUUGCCUUGUGCAUUGUGCUAUUCUAUAUUGGCGUCCUUCCUUGGCUUAUCAAGAAGGCUGCUUGGUUCUUCUACAAGGUCUUCGGCAUCAGCGGUGCUGAAGCAAUCGUCGCAGUCGCAUCGCCAUUCAUUGGUCAAGGAGAGAAUGUCGUUCUGACUCGGCCAUUCGUCAAGAGCUUCACUCGAUCCGAGUUCCACCAAGUGCUGGUUUCCGGUUUCGCGACCAUUGCUGGCUCAGUGCUGGCAGCGUACAUCUCUAUCGGAGUCAAUGGCACGGUUUUGGUGACUUCCAGUGUCAUGUCGAUCCCAGCAGCUAUCGCCGCCUCCAAGUUGCGCUACCCCGAGACGCAACACUCGUACACGGCCGGCAAGAUCCAAGUCUCUGCCCAGGAAGAUGAAGUGGACCGCGCCAACGAUGUCUUCCACUCCCUCUCCAAAGGCGCCUGGUUCGGUGUGCGCGUCGCUGCGCUCAUCUUUGCCAACGUGUUGGCCAUCGUCAGUCUGCUCUACACCGUCAACGGUUUGCUGACCUACAUCGGUCGCAGCUGGUACAUCCCUGACGACAACCCACUCAAGCUUGAACUCAUCUUUGGCUACCUGCUCUGGCCGCUGACAUUCUUGUUGGGUGUCCCUGGUCACGAGACGCUUGCAGUCUCCAAGCUCAUUGCAGUCAAGGUUAUCGCGAACGAGUUCGUCGCGUACGACACUCUCCAGAACACCGUCAUGCCAAACCCAGAGACGCGAUUGAGCCCAAGAGCCUACCUGAUUGCCCAAUUCGCUCUCUGUGGAUUCGGCAACAUCGGCUCUCUUGGUAUCAACGUCGGCAUCUUGUCUGCCAUUGCGCCCACUCGAUCAGCCACCAUCGUCAAGUUGUGCCCCAGCGCUUUGCUCACUGGUAUCCUCGUCACCUUGAGCUCCGCCGCUGUGGCAGGCAUUGUGGGCAUCCCUGCAGAGUACGUUCCAGUCGCUCCAGCUGCUGCUGCAUGAGCUUGAUCUGCCCUCUAUCUGAUGGUCGCAGGCCCAUUGAGCUGGCUACCGCGCACUUCUUGUCUUGUAUCUACGUCACCGGACUCCAAUUUUCCGAACCUGAUGAAUGCACAUUCCGUCU